AUGAAACCAAAGUUUGGGGAUAAUGUAUCCGGACGUGUUCGUACAACAAUCAAGUCAGUACCUCAGAAUGUAAAAAAGUUCUGUAUAAAGUCCUCAUAUGGGAAACCAGCUCUGAUUGGUGGUUUGUUUACUUCUUCAUGUGCACACGAUAUGCAGUGUAUUUCCUUUGUUUUUGUCUUUGUCUUUUUUGUUUUUGUUCUGGCCGGGGCCGGGGCGGGGAUAUGGAGAGCAUGGUGCUUAACUGUGCAUUCAAUUAGCCAUGAUUGCGGGGCCAUUGCCCUAAAUUAUGAGACUGGUUUGUCAUUUUUGAAGGGGAGUACUAAUGGUCUGUUUAUUGCUUGUUUUGUUUCUUUAGCUCUGUUAGUGGGGUUGCCAAGAUAUGGAGUAUAUGUUGCAUUUUCUCCUGUAAGUGACAAUGUAGCAACUGCCUCAGCUGAUCGUACUGCAAAGUUGUGGAACACAGAUGGCACUUUAUUGAGAACAUUUGAAGGUCAUUUAGACCGCCUAGCUCGUAUGCCUUCCAUCCAUCUGAGAAGUAUUCUUGCUUUGGAAGGCCACAUCAAACCUGUUUAUGGAGUUGAUUUCUCUCCUAAUGGCUAUCAUUUGGCCACUGGUUCUGAGGAUAACACUUGUCGGAUUUGGGACUUGAGAAAGAAAAAGUCAUUGUACAUAAUUCCUGCCCAUUCAAAGCUUAUUUCACAGGUCAAAUUUGAGCCUCAGGAGGGAUAUUAUUUGGUCACUGCUUCAUAUGAUACAACUGUUAAGGUAUGGUCAUCUCGAGACUUCAAGCUUAUCAGGACAUUGUCAGGACAUGAAGCAAGAGUUACACCCUUAGAUGUCAUAGGAGGUCUACACUCCGAGGAAUGCGCCUAUACUAGUGAGGAAAUUGAUGUGGUUCGUGAGCAACCGGCUAAGUGUUUUACCCGCAAGUAUUUACUAUUGGCUUGAGCGCGCUUGAUCGAGGUGGUUUAGUUGUUAUAGAACAAUCGUUUACAUUAAAAUGUAUGCGUACAUUGAAAUUGGAACGUAUAUUUGAAUGUAGUACGUGCACUUUGGUUUUGGGAUAUAUAUAUAUGUAUACAAAACACCAGUUAUUAUUUUUUA